AGUGGAGAAACCGUAGAAGAUGGUAGCGUAUCUCAAGUGCCGUGUAUUUGCUCUGCUGGAUGGAAUGGAGAUCAUUGUACUGUCGACUUUGAUAGCUGCGCUAAUUUCCCGUGCUACGAGAAUGUAACUUGCACAGAUAAUGUAGCUCCAUUAACCGGUUAUACAUGCGGCAGUUGCCCACAAGGUUAUACAGGAGAUGGUAUAUUGUGCUCUGAUUUCGAUGAAUGCGCUAGUUCAGCCACAAACAAUUGCCAGCAAGUCUGUGUCAAUACUGUCGGAGGCUAUACCUGCGAUUGUCAAUCUGGUUAUCAAUUAAAUUCUGACGGAAGGACUUGCACGGAUAUUAACGAAUGCCAGAAAUCAGCAUCUCCAUGUCAUCAAAAUUCAAAUUGCAUCAACACUGCUGGCUCAUAUCGAUGUCAAUGCAAGAAUGGAUAUAUUGGUGAUGGAAAAUUAAAUUGCACCUGUAAGAACAGCAUAGCUACAGCUUUUUCAUAUCAAAAAGCUUUGUUUAAUUCUGUUAUAAUUAAAGGAGAUGAAUACGGAUUCUUGUUUAGUAGAUCUAACGGUUAA